CAACAUAAUUACCCCUCCAUGCCCACACAACAACCCUCCCCGACUACGCUCUGUUUCUAUUUCUCUUCAACGAUCACAGAAUAUCCAAUGAGGAUUGUAUCACUUGAUAAUUAUAUGUUUGAAUCGUAUUUUCAACUAUCUCCCCGUUUCCUUUAAGCUCCUUCACAUUACAAGGCUGCCAAGCGCUACCACCCCAUCAGAUACCCCCAUAUAAAUCUUAAGCACCCUCGUCACUGCCCAAAUUAUGGCUGUUGGCAGUGUUCUUGUUACUGGCGGAACCGGUUACAUAGGCUCCUUUACUGCCCUGGCCCUACUCGAAGCCGGAUACAAAGUCGUCAUCGCAGAUAACUUGUACAAUUCCUCCGACGAAGCCAUCAAUCGCAUCGAGUUGAUCUGCGGCAGACGCCCAGGCUUUGUCAAGAUUGAUAUCACGAAUGAGGCGGAUCUAGACCGUGCCUUUGAGCAAUACCCAGACAUCGACAGCGUCAUCCACUUUGCGGCACUUAAAGCCGUUGGCGAAUCUGGCGAAAAGCCACUUGACUACUACUACGUCAACGUUUACGGAUCGAUAUGCCUCCUGCGCGCUAUGAAGCGACACAAUGUUACCAACAUUGUCUUCUCUAGCUCCGCCACCGUAUAUGGUGACGCUACCCGAUUUCCUAAUAUGAUACCUAUUCCUGAGGAGUGCCCCCUUGGCCCAACCAACCCAUACGGAAACACCAAAUUCGUUGUUGAGACCGCGAUUACGGACUUCAUCAACGCAGAGCGAAACAAUGCAAUCAAGGCAGGAAAGUUACAGGAGGCUGAGAAAUGGAAUGGCGCCCUGUUGAGAUAUUUCAACCCCGCAGGAGCACACCCAAGCGGAAUCAUGGGAGAGGAUCCCCAGGGGGUGCCCUAUAACUUGCUACCACUCUUGGCACAGGUAGCCACAGGAAAGAGAGAGAAGCUCCUUGUAUAUGGGGAUGACUACGCCUCCCAUGACGGCACAGCAAUCCGCGAUUACAUCCACAUCCUCGACUUGGCCGCUGGCCAUCUCCAAGCCCUCAAUUACCUGCGCGCAAACCAUCCUGGUGUGCGCGCCUGGAACCUUGGCACUGGCAAGGGAAGUACCGUUUUCCACAUGAUCAAAGCUUUCAGUGCCGCGGUGGGCCGCGAUCUCCCUUACGAAGUUGUUGGCCGUCGCGCUGGUGAUGUGCUGGACCUCACCGGUAAUCCAAGCCGCGCGAACCGCGAGCUUGGUUGGAAAGCGACUAGAACGCUAGAGGAGGCAUGUGAAGAUUUGUGGCGAUGGACGAAGAAUAAUCCGGCAGGAUAUAGGCAGCAGCCGCCGCAGGAUCUGCUGGAUAAGUUGAAGGAGGGAAAGUAAAUUGAAUUUUUUUGCUUAACUAGGAAGUUUUAAAUGAUAAACAACUUCCAUUUUCUUUUGCUCUUUGUAUACCGCUCGUCUCGUCACUUUGGAGAGAGCUAUGUGUGGCAAAUCGUAUGACUAUAUUUUCUUUCUUUUCGUUAGGAUAGACGUGGUUGAUAUUCAGCCCAGGGACUUUCUCUGCAUGUGAGGUUAAGAUAGCAAUUAUUUUGUUAAGAAGUAGAAACUGGGGUGAAUAAAAAGGCAAUCUAACUUCUUCCUUAAGCACUUUGGUGAAAAAAUCCGAUGU